GGGUCUGCAGGGAGCUGGCUGAGACGGCGCUGCCGGGUUCACCGACCCACGCGAAGUUAGACAGAGGGAGGGACCGGAGAGCGGCCACCGAGAGUGGCACCUGCGUCCUAGAGGAGACCCAGACUGGGCAGUUCCUCCGGUCUUACCCGGCAGCGUUCAAAGCCUUUCCCCACCCGCUGGACUCAGCUCCUUGCUGCUGGGGGAACUCCCGCAGUGGUCGGGACUCAGACCCAAGAGCUCCAGACAGGAACCACCUGAGAGGGCUGUAGCACCCACAGCAGACAAGCAGCUCUGUGUAGGAGGACAGGGCCUGUCCAACCUCCUCUGUGACCUGGGACCAGCUGCUGCCUCCACCUGGCUCCCACACUGCUCUCUCACCUACAGCCAUGGCGCUCCUGCUCACUCUGUUCCUGGUGGCCCUGGUGGGCCUACCUCUGGCCCAGGCCCUGGAGUGCCAUGUGUGUGCCUACAAUGGAGACAACUGCUUCAACCCCAUGCGUUGCCCAGCUAUGGCCACCUACUGCAUGACCACGCGAACUUACUACACCCCUACCAAGAUGAAGGUGAGCAAGUCGUGCGUGCCCAGAUGCUUCGAGACUGUGUACGAUGGCUACUCCAAGCAUGCGUCCACCACCGCCUGCUGCCAGUAUUACCUCUGUAAUGGGGCCAGCUUCGCCACCCUAGGGGGCCUGGCCUUGGGCCCCAUACUCCUGGCCACUCUCUGGGAUUUGCUCUAAGCCCUGGACCCCCAGGCAGACCCUCUCAAUAACAAAGCUUUUGAGAGA